AUGAUUGGGAACGAGUACACUGCACGACUCAUUAAAAGCAGCGCCACUUUCUUCUAUAACGCAUCUAAUUAUUGCGACCUGUCGGAGACUGCUGGGCUGGACGGACCAGCGGCUUUCGGGCCGUUUCAAGAUAUUCGGUUCUCAGAGGACGGGCAGGCCGGAAAUUAUUCUGCCCGGGUGAAGCUGCAGGAGAUGCUGACGCUGUACGACCAAUCAGAUGAUUUCAGCGGGCUGCCCAUGGUGGUCGUUUCCGACGGAACGUGCUUCUCUGCAUGCGCAGUUCUAACGCACAUCUUAAAACGAAGGUUCAACAUCCCAAUGGUGACUGUAGGCGGGAUAAGGAAGCAGCCAAUAGCAGUGAGCUCGUCCUGUCUGGGCGGCACGCUCGGGUCGCUUGAUGACGGGAUCUCGCUGCCACUUGCCGGCACGCCAUUGGCCCAGGAUCCCCGCGCCACCCAACCAUUCCGUAUGCAAAUGGACCUGGCGUUUGCCAUGCUACAGGCGUAUGGGCCCGAGGAGGACGGCGGCAGUAAGGGGGGUGGGGAGCGGUGGGAGCGGGAGCAGCGGGAGCAGCGGGAGCAGCGGAGCAGCGGGAGCAGCGGGAGCAGCGGGAGCAGCGGGAGCAGACCCUGGUACAGGAGGUGUGGCGGAAGCAGUGCCGUGUGAGUUUGACUUUUUGGAAGCGGAUGCGCACAUUGACCUGACGAUGGAGAUGGUGGAUCAACCCAGGUUCCUGUGGGCUGCUGCUUCUGACCUGCUUAUGAAGGGGAUGCAGUGACAAGCCGAGAGUCAGUGAAUUGGAAGCCUGCAUAGGAUUUAUCCAUUGGAGGGAACGAUGAUGGACAGUGGCGGUGUGGGUUGUUUAGAUUGUUCCAGAUCCCGAUUGUUGUACCAUAUAU